AAUGUUGCUAUAGAUUGCUUUAUAGCGGUUCAGCAAGAAGGGAGAUUUGUCCAGCUUGCGGGACCUAGGAAACUGGAUACUUUAAAGUCACUUAAAUGUUUUAACAGCAUUGGAAAAUGGGAGCUGCUACUAAGUUGGCGUUCGCUGUUUUUCUUAUCUCUUGCUCUUCAGGUGCCAUACUUGGCAGAUCAGAAACACAAGAGUGCAUCUACUACAACGCUAACUGGGAGAAAGAUAAAACAAACCGCAGCGGUAUCGAGCCUUGCUACGGUGAUAAAGAUAAAAGACGACACUGUUUUGCUACAUGGAAGAAUAUUUCUGGAUCAAUUGAAAUUGUGAAGCAAGGUUGCUGGCUAGAUGACAUCAAUUGUUAUGACAGAAAUGACUGCAUAGAGAAGAAGGACAGCCCUGAAGUCUUCUUCUGUUGUUGUGAAGGCAACAUGUGCAAUGAACGCUUCUUCUACUUUCCAGAGAUGGAGGUCACACAACCAACUUCCAAUCCUGUUACACCUAAGCCACCUCUGUUCAAUACCUUGCUGUAUUCAUUGGUGCCUAUAAUGGGAAUUGCAGUGAUCGUGCUUUUUUCCUUUUGGAUGUACAGACACCACAAGCUGGCGUAUCCUCCAGUACUUGUUCCAACCCAAGAUCCUGGACCACCACCACCUUCACCUCUGAUGGGUUUGAAGCCCUUGCAGUUACUAGAGAUGAAAGCCAGGGGAAGAUUUGGUUGUGUAUGGAAAGCUCAGCUACUAAAUGAGUAUGUGGCAGUCAAAAUAUUCCCCAUUCAGGACAAACAGUCAUGGCAGAAUGAAUAUGAAAUUUACAGCUUGCCUGGCAUGAAGCACGACAAUAUCCUGCAGUUCAUUGGGGCAGAGAAGAGAGGCACCAGCAUUGAUGUGGACCUCUGGUUAAUUACAGCCUUUCAUGAAAAGGGUUCACUAACAGACUUCCUCAAGGCUAACGUGGUCUCUUGGAACGAGCUGUGUCACAUCGCUCAGACUAUGGCUAGAGGCUUGGCUUAUCUCCACGAGGAUAUACCAGGGCUGAAAGAUGGGCAUAAACCUGCCAUCUCACACAGGGACAUCAAAAGCAAGAAUGUGCUGCUGAAAAAUAACCUGACAGCCUGCAUUGCUGAUUUUGGUCUAGCUUUAAAGUUUGAGGCUGGAAAGUCUGCAGGGGAUACACAUGGACAGGUGGGCACACGUCGCUACAUGGCUCCUGAGGUACUAGAAGGUGCUAUCAACUUCCAAAGGGAUGCAUUCCUGAGGAUAGACAUGUAUGCCAUGGGACUGGUCCUCUGGGAGCUGGCGUCGCGCUGCACUGCCUCUGACGGCCCAGUGGAUGAGUACAUGCUGCCCUUUGAAGAAGAAAUUGGCCAGCAUCCUUCCCUGGAAGACAUGCAGGAAGUUGUAGUUCACAAAAAGAAGAGGCCUGUUCUCAGAGAGUGCUGGCAGAAACAUUCUGGCAUGGCGAUGCUGUGCGAGACCAUCGAGGAGUGCUGGGAUCACGACGCGGAGGCCCGGCUGUCGGCAGGCUGCGUGGAGGAGAGGAUCAUCCAGAUGCAAAAACUAACUAACAUUAUCACAACAGAGGACAUCGUGACUGUGGUCACAAUGGUGACAAACGUUGACUUUCCUCCCAAAGAGUCCAGUCUAUGAUAGUUGCACUGGGCACACCUCCCUGGCCACCAGGACUCUUCACCGGAGCUGCUAAAGCUAGAGCGGGGCCUGCUGACGGCAGUGCUGUUUGCUGGGUGAG